GUGCCAAGUGGUAGGGAAGGAGGUACAAGUGCCGGUAGGGAAGGAGGUACAAGUGCCGGUAGGGAAGGAGGUACAAGUGCCGGUAGGGAAGGAGGUACAAGUGCCGGUAGGGAAGGAGGUAUAAGUGCCGGUAGGGAAGGAGAAGUGCCCUGUAGGCAGGAAGGGGGUAGAAGUGUCCUGUAGGCAGGAAGGGGGUAGAAGUGUCCUGUAGGCAGGAAGGGGGUAGAAGUGUCCUGUAGGCAGGAAGGGGGUAGAAGUGUCCUGUAGGCAGGAAGGGGGUAGAAGUGUCC